AUGGAAGACACUAUGGCCUCUGUUGCCCAUGACGUGGAAGCUCUUCUGGAUAGAAUGGUCUCUUUCUAUUCGCAGAGACUACGGCAGGUGGACAUACAGAAGUAUUUCCUCAUGGGGAAGGAGCUUGGAAAAGGUUCAUAUGGAAAAGUCUUCCUGACAAACGACAGGAAAACAGGACAAAGAAUGGCUUCGAAGUUCAUGGAUAGAAGCAGAAUCAGUCAGGAGUCUUUCCUCCGGGAGUUCAGCAUUUCAUCCUUUCUUUCGUCUCAUCCCAACAUCAUCGGAUGCUGUGACGCCAUCUUCAAAACCACUAACAACUUUGUGUUUACCCAAGAACUGGCUCCUGCUGGUGAUCUGUUCUCUCUGAUUAUACCAAAUUCAACUUCACAGUUUGAACCAUUCAGGCCAGGCCAUACCACAACCCCAAACGCGUUCUCUGAUCAGCCAACCAGAAUCUACUACAAAUCCCCCCGGCCCGUUACAAGAGCAAAGGAGAACGAAGAUUUGCAGUCCAAGGACCUCGACUGUGUGGGAAUUCCAGAAGACGCUGCAAAGAGAUGUGCUGUUCAGAUCUCCAGUGCCCUCAAAUUCAUAGCGAAAAAUGGACUUGUGCACAUGGAUCUGAAGCCAGAAAAUAUUUUGGUAUUUGAUAAGGAGUGUCAUUGCAUCAAGAUCACAGACUUUGGCCUUGCUAAGGUCAGAGGGACAGUAAUAAGAUCCAGGUGUGGCAGCCAAUCCUACAUGGCCCCAGAGAUGCGUAAUGUGACCGUUUCAGGUGGAUUGGUUGUAGAUGGCAGCCUCGAUGUUUGGGCAUUUGGUGUCAUCAUCUUCUGCUUACUUACAGGAAAGUUUCCAUGGCGGGUGGCCAUCCUUGAUGAUGGAGGCUACAAACGUUUUGUUGAAUGGCAAAACAAUUUCAAGAUGGCUAACCCUCCUAAAGCAUGGAAAAGGGUUCCACCUAAGAUACAACGGAUGUUUAAUGGUCUUUUGGCAAUUGAUUACUCCAAAAGAAGUCAAAGUACUGAAGUCCUUAAAUAUACAAAUGAAAGCUGGAAAGAAAAAACUGCGGAUUCAGCUACACGAGGAGAGGAAGAAGAUCCCAUUGAAACGGAUUCUACUGCACAAUCUGAGGACUCAUCAGUUUCCCACCAGAACACUUCACAGAGCUCCAGAGUUUCCAACACAUCUACUGUCAACUCCAUGUCUUCUUCUUCCGUUUCGACCACAAACACAUCUGGAUCUCAGUCUGAGAUGUCUCCAGAGGCACAGGAGGACAACAUGGAAGAGGCACUAAUUGUGUUUGAUGAUGAAUUUUCCCUACAUAUUGGUGCAGAGGUAGAUGUUGGGUAA